GGGAGGAUGACUAGGGGGUAUUUAAUUUGAGACCUGAAUGUCACAGUUCACUGCAAGCUCAGACCACAACAGAGGUGACAAGACCAGCCUGUUCACUGCAAAAAGGUUGGUAUAUACAAAAUUAUUCAAUUCUUUUUUCAUCUGCUUGGGGAGGGGUUUAAUUUAAAGGAGAUAAUCUGAGUCAGGAGAUCCUCUUAGAACAGACUACAGGGAGAGCAGAGAACGUGUGAGCCGAGCGCAUUGCGGUGCGUCUCCAGAUUUCUUGUGAUUUGCACCUGUGCAGAAAUAUUAUUAUUAUUAUUAUUAUUAAUAAUAAUAAUUUAGAGUUUGCUAGCAUGCUGUGACAAUAGUUGAGUUGGAGAUUUUUUUCUUUUUCCAAAUCAGCAGUUUUUGCCCAAAUUUUGCAAAUCGAGUUUUCAAUUCAACGCAAUUCAGUAUUUAGUGAAUAUACACCUAUUUUGUAACAAACAAAUGCAUUGAUGUAUACUGCCACUUAAACAGGGAACGGUUUCCAUUCUGUGAUACUGGAUAAAAAGUUUUAAAAGGCGAUCGAGAAAUUAAAUGUUAUCCCUCCCAGGUUAAGACAAUGCUAGGGAGUAAUUGCGAAACAAAGCAGGGGAAUUAUUCAGGGCUUAUUUUUACGUAAUAAAUUAUAUUAUGCAUUCUUUAAAAUACACACCACGUGUAUUCUGUGUGGCCUAAAUAGUAUAUUUUCAAACUGACUAGUAUUGAUACAUUACAUACAUAGAUGUGUCAGUUACAUAGAGGUAACAGGUGUACUUAGCACUUUACAGAUUACAUUACAGCAGAGGGAGGUACAGGUAGCACAGAACUUAUUUAUAUAGCACUAACUGUAAUGUACUUAGCACUUUACAGGUUAUAUUACCACAGAGGGAAGUACAGCAAGUAUACAGUGUAUGUAAAUUUAUAUAGCACGGACAGGUGUACUUAGCACUUUGCAGGAUAUAUUACAGCAGAGGGAGGUACUGCAAAUAUACAGUGUAUGUAAAGAAUUGUUUUAAUUAUAUAGCACUGACAGGUGUACUCAGCACUUUGCAGGAUAUAUUACAGCAGAGGGAGGUACUGCAAAUAUACAGUGUAUGUAAAGAAUUGUUUUAUUUAUAUAGCACUAACAGGUGUACUCAGCACUUUACUGGUUAAAUUACAGUAGAGGGAGGUACAGCAAGUAUAUACUUCAAUUGCUUACAGCUAACAGGAGUCUUUAGAAAUACAGGGGUAUAUUGAUACAUUAGGAUAAUUCACAAUAUGAGUGAAUAUGGUGAAAUAGACACUGACUCUUCUAAUCCCUGGCUUGGAGUUUUAGAGUGAAUACCUGCAUCACCCCUGUAACAUUUAAAGGGAUAUUAUAGACAGAGCUAACAGUGACCUACAUGGUGUCCCUAUCAAAGAGAGGUGAAUGGAGAGUCAGAGUAGAUAUUAUAUGCAGAAUACAAUAGUUGUUGUAAUAUAAACCUGAUACAGACAUUUUGUUUGCUAGGAAGCCGUAUUUAAAACUAUACCACUCUAAGAGCAUUAACAAACAGGAAUACAUUUUCAAGUUAAAAUAGUAAACAUGUUAACCCAUGCCGAGUCACAUCCAGCCGCCGAGGGACAUACCCUCAUAUAACCACUGAUAAAUGUGCAUUUCUCUUUUUAUCUUGAACCCAUCUGCCACAACAUUUAACCACAGCCAGCGCCACAUAAUAUCGAGGCCUACGUCGUGAAUAAACUGUAAAUUAAGUGAUAUCUCAUAGAUACCAUUAACAUACAUGUAUAUCUAAAGACAGAGCAGGCUGCUUGCAGCGCAGGGCGAUACGUUUGCACCGUUAAAAUAAUAAACAUGUAAAAGUAUUAAGAGCUUAUUCGGCGAUCGUCAAUUAAGGGGUUAAGCGUUACACCGUAUCCAUAAUUUGGCAGGAAUAACAUAUGGCAUACGUCUGGAAGUUGAAAGGUAACUUCGCAACCGAUUAAUUCUUAGUAUUAUUUGGGUUCGGUGCCCCUCGUAGUGACCUACUGAAACUAUACUUUAUAAACCCCCAAACUUUUAUCAAUAAAUUGAUGAAUUGUCAGUUUUAUUUUUUUCUCCCAAUCGGUUGGAUUGACAAAAAUGUCUGUCCAUAUAUUGUAAAGCGCUACGGAAUCUGUUGGCGAUAUAUAAAUGGCGCCUAUAUAUACGAGCCUCUGCCCCUGUCUAUGAUAGCUAGUGUAGGCUGAGAGUGCUGGGAGUCCCUCACAUGGACUCCAGUCACUGCUGCUCUACUAUAAUGCCAGCAGGAGUCACAAGGCCCCUCCCAGAUUCCAUGCUGAGGGCGGGGACACGCCUCCAACUGCACUCGGACACGCCCACUCCAUUCUGCAGUUUGGGCCUUUCUGUCCCUCUCCGGCUUCCGUAGUCAGUGCCUGGUUUCCUCUGUGAGCUGGGGCUGUGGAUAUGGCAGGAUGUACCUACCUAUAGUACAGGUAUGUAUACCGUGUGUGCUGCCUGGGGUCCUCACACUGGCUCUCCAUGCUGUGCUGGGGUUAUACAGUGUGGCUGAGUAUCAGGGGGCAGCCAUGCCUCACCACGUGGGUUAUUUCUCCCAUCAUGCUCAGCCAGAACAGUGGGAGAGCAUCACAGAGAUCAUAACUAGCUAACAUCAAUACCUGGGCUACACUAGGGGCAGCCUGGGGGGGAGAUGGGGGGGCUUCACUGCAACUCCCAUCAUUCUCAGCCAUGUGCAUAUUAAUGUAUAUCAUCUAAAAUCAAAGUGAGGGAUCAGACCUAAAUAAGGUGAGGUAGGUAGGGUACAGUAGGUCACAUGCUGCAGGGUGCCCGUCCAUUUAGUAGGCAUCACAUGGCUGAUCAGUAAUUGGGGAGGUGAGAUGUGUUGUGUGCCUUGGGUAUUGCAGGGUGCCUGUCCCUUUAAUACAGAGUACAUGGCUGAUAUGUGGGGUGCCUGUCCCUUUAAUGCAGAGUACAUGGCUUAUAUGUGGGGUGCCUGUCCCUUUAAUGCAGAGUACAUGGCUGAUAUGUGGGGUGCCUGUCCCUUUAAUGCAGAGUACAUGGCUGAUAUGUGGGGUGCCUGUCCCUUUAAUGCAGAGUACGUGGCUGAAAUGUGAGGCUAAAUGGUGAGGGUGAGAUAUGUGGGGUGCCUGUCCCUUUAAUACAGAGUACAUUUCUCAUCAUUGAUGCACUGACAUGACAGCUUAUUAGCUUCAAAUAGUUUGACAGUCCGUGACAGUUCUGUUUAGAAAAAAAACAAAAUCACCACACACCACUGUCAGCCUUUAAAUUAGAGAAUAUCACAUUAACACCAUUUGUUUAUCACCCUUGUAUGUUGUGUUACAAUACUAUUGUGUCAAUUUUGUCUGAAAUUCAAACUGACUUUCAUUUUUGGGGACAAAAUAGCAGACAUGAAGAUUUGGCUAUUAUUUUAAAUUCACUUUUAAUAACUGGAAAAUUCACACUUGGUAUAAUAUAAGUAUGCUGGAUUUUGGUGGAUCCCCUUUAUUCAAUGAGGCUAUUAUCUGUAACGUUUCUUAAACCAAUGUUUAUUCAUUUAUUUAUUGGUAAAAUAUAUAUAUAUUUUUUUUUAACUAGAAACUUACAACUUCAUUUAAAGAGCAACAAAAGGCAUAGCACUUGUGCAUUUAUUACACCCGUGAAACAAUGUUUACCGUUAAGCCAGGGGCAGGCAUACUAUGUCCUUUCAGAUGCCAUGGACUACAUCUCCCAUGAACAUCUUCCAGCCUUUUGCAAUAAUAGAAUGGCCAGCUAUGCCUGCCCUUGAUAAAAACUCUUAUUACAAUUUGAUAUGAGGCUCAUAGACUUAGUCUUUUGUUAUUUUAUUUUCUAGGUACAGCAAAAAGCAGACGUAAAUUAUGGUAGGUUAGGCCCAGCGAUGGCUGGUAUGUAUAAGGGUGUGGGCUAAGGGCUGUCAAUAAGUCCAUAAUGUUAUGUGCGUAAGUGUGUCAUGUAAAAGAUUACACGGUGACUAUCUGUAAUGGUGGAGUACAGUAAUAUAUUUUUCAUUGAAAAUGCAAAUGUAAAUAGAAUAUAAAUCACUAAUGUAAUGGCAUAUGACAGUGACAGCCUAAAACUUUAAGCUCAGCUGUACCUCAGAUCCGAGCUUCUUUGAUGUCUGCGCACGCCUUAUGUUCCCUGAAUUACUUCUGACAUUGUUUUGGAUAUUGGCCAGUAGCCCAGGCCAUUAUUUUAUAAUGGCCGUAUAUGUCAGAAAGCGGAUAUGACUUGUAUAAAAGUCCUCCUAGCACACUGUACACGUGUUUAUACUUUUACAUACCUGUAUGUGCGUUUAUUGUAUUACUGUGCCUUUAUUACAUCUUUCUCUGUACCCUUCAGGCUCCAGUUCAAACAAUGGCUGAGGGACAGCCCAGUGAUGCUAAGGGGGCCGUAUUGAUGGCCAGUGACUCUCUCCCUGAGGGCACUCCACAAGUCAGAGGGUACGACUUCAAUGCAGGCAUCAACUAUGAUCAGUUGUUGCAGAGCUAUAUGUACACAGGAUUCCAAGCCACAUGCUUCGGGCAAGCAGUGCGAGAGGUCAACAACAUGGUGAGAUGUGGGAAUCGUAAGGAGGAGUGGUUGAGGGAUGAUAAUGCAGAGGAAGGUUUUAAAAACUAAUGUGGAGUAAUGGGGUGAGUGGCAAUAAGCGAGUUAGUGUGUCAAUAAUGAUGGGGUGAAGGUUUUUAGUAUUUUAUAUAACGGAGUGCUUAAAGGGACACUGUAACAUCUACAGUUUACUGUAGUGGUUGUGGUGACCGUAGUUCCUUGGUGCCAUUUUAGUAUUAAGUGUGGAACUGUUUCACACUUAUGUGUGUGCCCUGUGCAUGUGCCAUCCACGCUCCCUCUUCACAUAUAUUGCUAAAGUUCAAACUUCCCCAUCAAUUUCGUCAGCUUGUGAGACAAAUUAAUUGACCGAUGAGUGUCAGUUCCUGGGACGGACCCAGGUAAGUGUCGUACCAUUUAAAAAACGGUUUUACUCUUAACGAUGGACUUCUGGCACCAUAACCACUACACACCGUAGAAAGCCAUUUUAACAGGCUAGAGGAGAAAGGAUUGAUUGUCAUUGAUAAGGAGUGUAAUGUAGAGCAUUGCACCGCUGUGUUAUCUCCAUUAUAUUUAAUGUGGUUAUAUUUGGAAGAGACAACUAAACUGUUCAGAGUUUAAUUUAAAUACGCAAUGUUCCUUAUGCAGAUCGACAGCAAGCUGUCCUCCCCUGGUGGUUGUACUAUCUUCUUGGGAUACACCUCGAACCUGAUCAGCUCUGGUGUCCGGGAGAGCAUCCGGUACCUCGUACAGCACAAGAUGGUAUGGAACAAAGUAGACAAAUUAAUCACUGUUUGCAGUAUUAUUAAGCAAUUUCACUGAGACACUCAGUCAUUGGGUAUUGACCUUAUUUGUUUUAAAUAUGCACAAUUCUGCUUAGAAAUAAUGAUCUCAUCGUUUAAUUUCUGCUCGAUUCCGAUUUUCUCCCGGAUCUAUUAAUUCUUAGCCGUGGUCAUGUGAUACAAGGCUAAUAAACUUUGUUGCCAUAGCAGCAAGCAUGCUUUUUUUAAGGUUUGUACACCCUUUUGGUUUGAUGAUCUGGAAAAAUGGAUACAAUUUGUCACCUAUUUAAAAAAAAGCAAUCACAGGCACUAGCUUUGUUUGGGAGACCUAGUGUGACAUUGGGCUGGUGUAAUACCAGAAUAUAAUUAGCAAUGUUUGUUUUUGUGUCUAUCUAUCUUGCAUUCUGAUGCAAGAUUUGUGACAAAAUAGAUAGUUUAUUCAGUCUUACCUGUCAGACGUGCUGUGUGAACUGUGCAGACUGGAAUGGCAUGCUUUGUAAAUGUGCCUACGGCAUUGAAUGAAUUAACAGGUAGCAUGAACCAAUUGAUGACUGACAGGAGACGUGACCAAUAGACAGACAGACAGAAUAAUAAGGGCACUGUGCUCAGGAUAGCCAUUUGCCUGUCCCAUCCAUGUUUAAGUUUUCUGAUACAACUCAUCUUUAGUAGUUGGACAUAAAGGUUAUAAAGGGCAUGAUAUUUAAACAUUCUUUUAUACCAGUAAUACCUGCAUUGUUAUUUUAGCUGUAGUGCAAAACAAAGCCUGUCAGUUAAAAAGAAUGGCCUGUACACCCUACCUCCAGGCAAAUUGUUCUGUUAUUGCAAGCAAUAUAUUUUAAAUAGCUUCUUGCUUUAUUUUUGUGCCUUAAAGAAUACAGUGAAUAUACUAACUGAAACAAUACUCCCCCCCCCUUUUAUUUUUUCAUACUUACUAGAAUUGUCAUUAAGUCGGUAGUCAAUACUUUAAACACAGAUCUGCACACACCAAACAAGCCAUGAAAUGUGCUUUUCCCACUGAAAUCUCACAUUUGCAAUGCUGUUACUACUGCAAGGGAUUCUGGGUGGGCAAAUGCAAAUGAGUAAGACAAAGAAUCACCUUUAUUUGUCUCAUAAAUUCCACUAUAUACAUAGACUCCUUGGAGUAUGUCUGCUAUACACAACAGCUUUUAAACGCUACUCGGCAUAUACAGGGUUCUUGCACCAUGCCCACUUCAAAACAUUGAAGUGGUCAUGGUUUUUAGCGUAACCCUUUUAUGCUACAGUGAGCAGCCAUAGGGGCAGCUCUCCAACUUCUGACCCAUUCUAAUGGCUCCCAUCUGGCCAUUGAAAAGUAUAGCCAAGGAAACUGUGUAUUGUAAUCCUCUGCAAUAUAGUCCUUGAUAUCUGCAUUUGUGACCCGGCUCUUUUGUUUCAUGUGUGUUUGUCUUUUCUUUAUAAUCUAUUUAUAAUACAGAGUGGUACCAGUGAAUGUUAUGGUGUCGAUUAUUGGGUGAUAAAAAUAUUUGUGUGUGUCCAUACAGGUUGAUGCAAUUGUGACCACAGCUGGAGGUAUUGAAGAAGACUUUAUUAAGUGUUUGGCACCCACCUUCUUAGGCGAUUUCAGCUUGAGAGGGGCUGAUCUUAGGCCACGCGGUAUUAACAGGUAAGCACAAUGUGCCUCUCAGAUUUCAUACUAUCCUUUAAACUGGAGAAGUGUUUGCAAACGACAUUACUGUAUAAAUAGUAUAAAUAUAGUGGUUUCAAUGCCAUCUUUAAAGGCUAGAUACCAGAAUAACUUAUCUCCAAAAUGAUUGCAUAUCAACAUACCUUCUGUUGAUGUCAUAUUCAAAAUCAGUGAUAACCAGUUCAUGGAUAGACUCGCUGUCAUGCUAUACAAUUUCCUGGCCUACUACGAGAAGACAACUAGUCCCAAUAGCUCAAUUUUUGUCUGUAUAUUUAUGGCCAAGCAUGAUCUGCUCCUCUUGUGGUGGAUUUAUACGUCUCCUACUUUUAUGUGUGUUUAAACAUUCUUUUUGUAUAUUUGUUUUAAUCUAAAAGAAGUGCAUAUUUUGCCGUGUUGCAUUGUGAGUUUGCACUUGGACGUUCAGUAAAGAUUUAAAAAAUAUAUUUUGUAACCUUAAAUGUUAUGUCAAAUAUGCUAACAGCAAAUUUUACAUCUGUGCUUCAUGCUUAUUCUUCUAAUAAAUUGUAGGUGAGCUUGACUAUAUCCCUGGUUCAGCUAAAUGAAUGGGAUGAAUAAUAAGUUACAGAAUAAAGAAUUUUAAUGCUUCCAGAUUUUUCCCCUAUGCCUUACACAUUGUUUACAGCAUCAAUUAACUCAUUAUUGAGGGCUACGGGGCAAGGUGUUGAACUUACUUUCAGUUAAAAAAUAAAUAAAAAUAAAAUGGAACUUGUCCAACACAAAUGGACAUUUUUUUUCAAAACAGAAAAUUACAUGGUGCUAAAGAUGACCGAUCAUAUUCUUCAGAUCGUUGAUCUAUCUCCUUAUAGCAUCAUUAGUACUGAGCGCUCAUAUCUUGUUUAUCUUCUGCAGGAUUGGAAACCUCCUAGUACCCAAUAAUAAUUACUGUCUCUUUGAGGACUGGGUCACACCUAUACUGGAUCAGAUGGUGCUGGAGCAAGACACAGAGGUGAGCACUAUGCAGACACUGUUUGGGACAUUUGCUGAGAAUACUUUUUAUUGGAAAAUGGUUUUUAAUUUUCGCUUUAACCCCUGCAGGGUACUAAGUGGACUCCAUCUAAAAUGAUUGCUCGGCUGGGGAAAGAGAUCAAUCACCCAGAUUCUGUAUAUUACUGGGCGCAAAAGGUAUGUACUUUAGAAUAUCCAUAUGGGAAACUAUGGAGCAUGGAGUCUGUCCCUCCCAGCACAGGUUGACAGACAGGAGGGAGCUAUGGGACAUGGAGUCUGUCCCUCCCAGCACAGGGUGACACAGACAGGGGAGAACUAUGGGACAUGGAGUCUGUCCUUCCCAGCACAGACAGGAGAGAUCUAUGGGACAUGAAGUCUGUCCCUCCCAGCACAGGUUGACAGAGACAGGAGGGAGCUAUGGGACAUGGAGUCUGUCCCUCCCAGCACAGGGUGACAUAGACAGGAGAGAGCUAUGGGACAUGGAGUCUGUCCCUCCCAGCACAGGUUGACAGAGACAGGAGGGAGCUAUGGGACAUGGAGUCUGUCCCUCCCAGCACAGGGUGACACUGACAGGAGCAAGCUUUGGGACAUGGAGUCUGUCCCUCCCAGCACAUGGUGACACAGACAGGAGGGAGCUAUGGGACAUGGAUUCUGUCCCUCCCAGCACAUGGUGACACAGACAGGAGGGAGCUAUGGGACAUGGAUUCUGUCCCUCCCAGCACAUGGUGACACAGACAGGAGGGAGCUAUGGGACAUGGAUUCUGUCCCUCCCAGCACAGGGUGACACAGACAGGAGGGAGCUAUGGGACAUGGAGUCUGUCCUUCCAAGCACAUGGUGACACAGAUAGGAGGGAGCUAUGGGAGAUGGAUAGCUUUCCUUGAGGGAGGUAUAAGAUUCAGUCUUUCCCUCCCAGCACAGGGUGACACAGACAAGAAUAAUGCGAACAGGCGUUUAAUCGCUCAUGCAGCCCUCUUUUUAAAAUGUAUUUAUUAGUAUGUGACAUUAUUACCCUCUCCUUGUAAAUAGAAUGACAUCCCUGUGUUCAGCCCGGCUCUUACUGAUGGGUCUCUUGGAGACAUGAUGUAUUUCCACUCAUACAAGAACCCUGGCCUGAAGUUGGACAUUGUAGAAGGUGAGAAUCAUCAUUAUGCUGUGAGUUGCAGCUCUGUACCAGUGAUAGUCGAGCUAUUUCCCCAUGAUACUUAGCAAGCCAUUCCGUUCACUGAGCAUCAUGGGAAAACAGUCCACAACAGCAGUGAAGGUCAACAUUCUAUAGCUGGUCUGCAAAGACAGCGAUGUUCUUACAUAAGAAUAUCAUAAAACCAAGGCUCUGAAAGACCUCUGCUACAGUUUUUCUACUACAACCCCGAUGUACAAUCACUAAAUAAUAUCAGUGAUGACUGGAAUGUGUAUGGUCAGUGCGUAUCUUUUUCACAAGUGACUUUUCUCUCCAGAUAUACGCCGUCUGAAUUCUAUCGUAAUCUUUGCUAAGAAGAGUGGCAUGAUCAUUCUGGGUGGGGGACUCAUCAAGCACCACAUUGCCAACGCUAACCUCAUGGUGAGUGUGAAGAUGGCUGCUUAAUCAGUUUACUAUUAUGAUCUCAGUUCCAGGCUGUUCAUUUUCCACACUUCUCUUGAAACCCUACGUUUCAUUUCAUUUAUUUAUUUAAUUUUUUGUUCCAGAGGAAUGGUGCAGAUUACGCCGUUUAUGUUAACACUGCUCAAGAGUUUGAUGGCUCAGACUCUGGAGCUAGACCGGAUGAAGCUGUAUCAUGGGGAAAGAUCCGUAUGGACGCCAAUCCCGUCAAGGUCAGUUUUCUAAAAGAAAAAUGUUUUAACUGCUUUUCUUUCACGCUCAUAUCACCGAAAAUCAAUCUACCCCAUUGUCAUUUGAAAAUAAGUAAUUUCCUUAAGUGUGAUGCAUAAGCUAAAAGGGACAUGACUUCUAUAAAAAAAAAAAAAAAAAGUUCUGUAAUCAGAGAGGAUAACUUUUUUAAUUGGGUAUGGACUAUCUCAUAUAAAACUCCCUUCUUCCAUAUGACAAGGUUUAGCCAAUACACAGGAGUUGGAGGCCCUUACACUCCACAGAACUCCAUUUAGUGAAAAUACUUGUUACAUAAUAAGUGUUUCUCUUACUUUUCAUCUAAUACCUCUCUCCUUCUCUCUACCUGCAGGUUUAUGCGGACGCCACUUUGGUAUUUCCUCUUUUAGUGGCACAGACCUUUGCUCAGAAACACUCUGAUUUCUCCUCUAAGAAAGUGGAACAGGACUGAGCUCACACCCUUGUGGGAGGUGGGAAGUGUGGUUGCAUGAAGAGGCAAAGACCGAUUGGAACUAAUCCUCCUGCUUCUCUAAUAAAAAAGUGAGCCUUACUGUUUUCUGCCCGUGCUAGAAUCCCCAGCUGCUCACCGGAACCCUGUGGUACACUCUGCUGAAGACUAACAGUCAGCGUGUACAGUGUGGAUAAAGAUUUUGAUUGUAGAAUAUAUCAUAACUCUCCAGCAUACAGAUAUGUAUAUAAACAAAGUGUAUAUAUAGCUAUACCUUCCAAUUGCUCCAUGCCUCUCGUUCCUUGUAAAAGAUGUAUUUGUCCAUUUCCCUGUUUUGUCGGUUAUUUAAGUUGUGAUGUUUUUGUGUAUGGAGCCAGUGGGUGGAAUGGGACAGAUGCUUGGCCGAAGGUGGAUGAAAGGAUCUGCAAGAAACAUUGCAGAAAUUUCCAAAAUAGGAUGUAUUUUAUUUUGCUAAUGGAUAAAAAAAACAAACACACUUUGUUGGCAAUAAAGUUCAACUAAAUAAACAUGUAAUUAAACAGUGUUUGAGCAUUCUCUGCUGCUACUGGCGUCUUCAUGUGAUUCUCCGCUCCAGACCUGGAAUCCACCCUCGCUUGCCGUCAGCAGACACGGUUCCGUAGGAUGAAAUGAGAGAGAUUGAACAACUCCUUUACAGACAGGGAGCUUGAGAACUAGUGACCCCUGCAGGAAGGGAGAAACAAAACUUAACUAAGCAAGUUCCAUACAUCCCAAUACAGUAUUUCUCAAGCCUAUCUAUUAGGUCAUAUUUAAAUUUAUCUAGU